AUGCAACCCGGCUUGCCCCGAGUUUGCACUCAUUUUCUUGUGGAACAACUUGUGUCAAAUGAGCAGAUACCAUUGCAAUGGAAACGAGAGCUUGUAAUAUUUGUUUCACGCCUAGCAAGAUUGCAGAAUUGGGAUCGAUUGCUUCUUCUCCCGGAGACCGCGCAUAAAGAUGCUCUAAAGCAAUUGAAUGGGCUUAAGCCUAGGGCUUGGGACCCCAUGUUUCACCCUGAAUGGCUAGUGUUUGAAGUCGAAAAUAACCUUCGUAUUCGCGACAUUCAGGGUGAGUUUGCGGACGCCAUGAUGAAGCCCCCGAAUCGCCAGAACUCUAUUAUGCAACUGAAUAUGGGCGAAGGUAAAGAGCAGCCAAUCGAUUUCGCGAGGGAGCGCUGUUGUGUCAUUUCACAGAUUCUAACCAUCGCCAGCAAAGAAGCGGAGACUGUCAUGGAAGAGGUGCCUGGUGGGCUGGUGAUUUCGCCCAUGGGACCUGGAAGGUAUCCUCAGCUAUCUCUAGUAACUCGGGCGGCCUCGGAACUUCUGGAGAGACGAAUAGCAGAAGAAAUUUGCAAGGCUGGCUUAAUAGGCUUUCCCAUGCCGCAAAAGAGCUCAUUCUCAGCUCAAAAGGUAAAAGUUCUCGAAUUUAUCACUGAUAGAACUCUAAAAGAAACGACCAAGGAAUUUAUUGAGAAGGAGUUGUGCUGGGCGCCUCAGAUGACGAGUUUCUUAUAUCUUAUUCGAGGCUUAAUUGCUUGUGGAGUAUUGUCUGCGGCCUUACGAGAUCGGUUCCGAGUAAACUAUGGUCUUGAUAAGACCAGAACGCCUAGAACAGAUCUCGCAGUGCCUUACAGAGCAAAGGAUACGCCCAGUGUAGGUUCCGAAUACAGCCAACCGGACACCGUUAUUACGAAGACGUAUCUUGCGUAUUACUACAAUGGGCUAAACGAUAGGGACCUGACAGAAACUCUCAUGCACCUCCUUCAAUCUGACCGGUCGCAUAUCGAAUACCAAGAGUGGGUGAAGGCCGCUCCAGAUCUACCCAAGGCCUGGCAUGAUGUAAAAGGAAUCAACCUGGAAGACACUCAGCUAUGCAAGCGAGACCUAUUCCCUCAUUUGAGGUUUCUAAGAGUUUGCGUUGACUACUACCUGUCGUACAUUGUCUUUCCGAAGCAACUAAGAGAAUACUCGGAAAAGAUUUCAGCAUCAGGCUGGGACAUUGGGCGUAUUAAAGAGCUGGUUACGACUGGAUUUAGCGGCACGCACGAUUUAAAACCACUUUUGCCGCUGACAAUGAAACAACAGGAUUUGAUAAGUCAGGCUCAUACUGAUGCCCUGGUUUUAGAGAAAAUGCUGGGAUUGCAUAAUCACGCGCAUUUUCUCGACCCCCCAAACAGCACCAACAUAUCCGAGGACUUCUUGCAAAAGAUUGUGACCCAAGAGCCAAAUACAAGAGUCGUCGUUGACGUCGGUGCCUACCUCAUUGAUCUCACAAACGAGGAGGUGGCAAGGACUUGGCUAGGCAUCUUACAAUCGCGAAAAGUGGCUAUAGAUGCUGCAAUUUACUGCGACGAUAAUCAUGACUUGACUGUGUUGGAUAAACAGGGAAAGACUGAAAGUUUGCAGCUAUCGCCAUUCGCUAGGCAAAUGGAAAGGUGCGUAGUCUUCUUAGACGAAGCUCACUCACGAGGAACAGACUUGAAGCUGCCAUCAACAUCUAGGGCGGCUGUCACUCUUGGAAAGAACCUGACUAAGGACAAGCUAGCUCAAGCCUGUAUGCGAAUGCGACUACUCGGAGAUGGGCAAUCCAUUACAUAUUACGUGCCAAGUGAUAUUCAGUCUCAGAUCAAAGCUUCGAUAAACCACACCACCGAACAGCCUCCCUCUAUUGAAGAUAUCAUCUACUGGUCUAUCGAGCAGACUGCGAUAGAAACUGGCCAACUCCUACCCAUUUGGGCGAAACAAGGGUUCCGAUACCUACAGCAGUCCAAAACGUGGGCCCAAAUUCGCGAGUCCCCAGACAUGGCUCUGAGGAGAGCAUCAGCAAACAGCUUCAAAGAAACCGACAUUCGCACUAUAAAAAGCUUAUACCAGCCUCAAAAUAGCUUCACUAGCCCCACGGGUGUCGAUAAUGACAUGGCGGUUCUGAUCCACGAGCGGCUCAAAGAGUUUCAAUACCUGGGUGCAGUUGACAAUGGGUGUUCAGAAGAGAGAGAACAACAGCGUGAAACAGAGCAGGAGCGAGAGCACGAACUUGAGGCCCAAGUUGCAGAACAACGCCAUUUAUACCGCUCCAAAAUAUGCUCAGUAGCUACUCACGAAGUACACGCAGACGUUGAAGCGUUUGUGAAGUAUGGGACGCUGAGAGACCACGGAGUUGGAAUCAUCGGAGCCUUCACAAGUUUAUCUGACACAACAGCUGCUUUGCAAUUUGACCUGAAAAAUCUUCCGUCGCAACUGAGAGUCUCUAGAGACUUUGCAAACGUUGUCAAAGAAACCGCGGGGACCAGCCAAGAGCGCAGCGACUUGUUCAAAAGACCUAUACACCACAUUCUCACAACUGCGGGUAAAGACGGGAUUAUCACGAAUAUGCUCAUCAUCAGCCCAUAUGAAGCCGAAGCAUUGUACAAAAUGAUUGAAAGGUCAAAAACAACCAAACUGCACAUUUACGCGGCCCGACAAAACAGCUCGUAUUUGCCUGUUGACGAUUUGGACCUUUAUACAAUCCCUGCUUCUCCGAUCAAGCGUCAAGUUCCUUUACGCCUAAAAUUAGAACUUAAUCUCUUUGCUGGUCAGCUCUACUUUGCCUCGUUCAAGGAGUACAUUGAUGUGUGCACCUACCUUGGUAUUGCAUGGAAUGAUUCCUUCACUAACGCGGACUCUGAUGGGUUCAUUCCCAGGGGUAAAGGCGCUGAUGAGUUACCCAAUUGCCUUAAUUUGACUACAAGUCCAAUCCCGUUCUUGAAGUCGUUUAUUACAAACGUCCGGUAUUAUGGUAAUAAUAUCUCAAAGACGCAUGUGGGAAAGAUGCUUAACGGCGAGUUCCUGACGGAGAGUGACUUUCCCGAGCGAGAGAAAAGAAAGCGGGAUCAAGAGGCCGAGGAUGAUGGUCCCCGGCCAGUGAAGCGAGAGAAGGUGGAUGAGGAUGAGGGGAGCGUGUUUGUGAAGCAGGAAGGGGAUGUGGAAAUGGACGGUUGA